UGUCAGCAAUCGAUAUCUGUUAGCUUUGGAAUUCAGUAAUAUGAACUAGCAAUUGUAUUUCUGUCAACAUCUGUUUCAUGGGAAGAACAGACUCUUCAUUUCAUCACGUCUUAGUGCUUACGUAGUUUUGUACUUAAGCCACUGAAAAAGCUUAUUGGGCUGACCUUUGCCUUGAAUGUUACGUGAGUACAUCAGUCCUAGUGGUGCAUGAUUCAAGCCAGUUAUACUUCUCGCGUACUGCCAAAAAAAAACGAGAAUGAAAGCAGAAGAAACUUUCUAUCCGCCUAAAUCAAGUUACAAAGAAAAACAGACGAAGAUCCAUCGUGUUAUUUUUUACAGCGUCCAUCAUCUGCUGGUCUGUGUGGCUUCUCUUCCCACUGUAUUCUUCGUGUACCAUCUUUACGGCCUUCCAGAACAUGAAACUUGGAAAUGGAUGUCGUCAUCUGAUGGUUCCACCGCUUCGUCACCUGUUUUUAUUGCUAGUGAUUAUGAAGUUUCGACAGUAAAGGGAAUUGCCGUAAAUAAUUCAAUAAAUAAUACUCAAAAUAUCCAACAGUGCAAUGCUCCCCUUAUUCACAAUCAAUCAUCCAAUGAGUGCUUUGCACCUUGCAAUUGGACCACGAUGUCACCGCUGACCUACAAAACAUACUACGGGCUCAUGGCAGUUGGGCUGUGGUUUGCUGUAUUUGCUACCAUCUUCAUCAUGUUCACUUGGUCGAGGAUUCAAUCUCUACGUAAAUUUCCUCAUGUCGUUCGCUUCUACAUCGUCAUUUGCUGCAUCCUUCUUUCUUGUUGUAAAAUGCUCCCUCUUCGCAUUGGACUGAACAAAGUGUUUUGUGGCGAAGCAAAGCAAUGGUCUCAUGUAGGUCAAUCAUCCCUUACCAUCACGAUACAAGGAGCUUCCUCCCACUACUUCACUCUAGCCCUUUGUUUUUGGUCCAUGUGUUUUAUUACCAACACAUACCUCGUGGUUGUCAAGGGUAACAGACUGCUUUUCGAGAGACCUAUCCUCGUCCACAUAAUCCAGUCCUUGUUAUGUUGGGUGUUGCCCGCUAUCAUUGUGGCCAGCUGUAUAUAUUCCAAGUAUCCUAACCCAGCAUACAAGAUGUUUUUUGUUGACUUCAUGACGGCUGGUCCUACUGGAGAUGUGUUGACGUACCUGUCCGUAACUCUACCUAUGCAGAUUACCUUGAGUAUAUCAUUGUGUCUUUUAUGGUCCGUCACGUGGUGCAUUCGAAGGUCUCGAUUAGACCAUACCCGAAACGCGAUCAGACCAGACAAAGAAACCCAGUCUAUGCUUCGGAUCGAGCGUCAGUUCACGAGUAUGAAGGUGAUGAUCCUGCUAGUGGUGGGUGUGGUCUUGUCCAUUACGACUACGCAAGAGUAUCGACUAGAGGAACUUGUUUAUAUGGCGAAGAAGUACUUCGACUGCCUACAGUACUCCAAAGACUGCCAAGAGCCCAACCUGUUGACACCACUAUACGCCAUCAUCAUCCUAGUCCCAGGCUUCCUCUGCAUCAUCUUUUUCUUUCUCUUGUUCAUGAAUAAAGAUUGUCGAGAGAUUUGGGUAUCCUGUUUCCAGAAAAUAGCUCGUAUAUCCAACAUCACCAAGCCACGUUCAGAUACCACUAAAUCAAGGUGUUCGUCUACUCUCACUUUCUUGAAUGACAGACAAUUAUCUGAUGUUACUUUUCGCCGAAAUAACUCAAUGCUUCGUACUAAACUACGAACGUCGUCAACGCCAAAUAUAAUGACUGUUGCUUUGGAGAAACCAUCACCAUUAGAGCUCCAAAAAAGAACUUAUUUAUCUCCUUUAGCUUUAGAGAACAACCGACCGAGAAGUUCAUCCACUCCUUUGAGAUUUAUGCUCGGAGAUGAGGACACGGGUUCUGAGCAGGAUCUUGCACGUGUUACGUCGCUACCCGGGACUGCCACGAUGGGUUAUCAACAGACGCCAUCUUAUUUCAACAUCGAGAUAAAAAUCAUAAGUGACGCUAAAACGAGUGCAGGAGUAGAGGAAUACAAACCAAAAGAUAGUGAUGGUAGUGGUCAAGGGAGUGAAAUCCUACAAGGUUUAGGUUUAAUCCCUAGGUGCGUCCCAGAACUUGAUCAGAGAAACUGUAAAACUAGCGAUAACUUUGUCUAUCCUAUAGAUGAAACUAUGAACCAUAAAAAAUUCCUAGGAGUCUGUAGCACAAAACUGUAACCAUCUCCGCAGGAUUCCUUAGUGAAAGACAGACAAAGACUGCUCGUGCCUUUGGCACCGAGUCGGUAGCAGGGGCGGAUCCAGGAAUCAAAGAAAGAGUGGGCCGAAAAACUUCACCCUGAUGAGAAAACCAUCAAGACCGUAUGCAAAAACAAUGCCUCAUCGGCCCACCCCUAAACCCGCCCCUGGGGGGUACUAGUGCAAAAGAUUGCUAUCCCGUUCUCCGAAGUCGACGCCUCAUCAAAUUCUCUCCGCGUUAAUUGAUAGAUGGCUUCUAUUUGUCAAGCUACUGUACCCUUGUGGCUUGCACCAAUAUCUAUUUCUUCUCAUUUGCAUUCACUGAUAACUAACCUUGUAAUCAAAAUGGCGCCGGACUGAUUCCGAAAAGGACCGAGGUUACCAUUCAAGCUCUUAAUUGUGUGCUUGGUCAAGUGAGACACCUUAUGGCUGGUUCUCUGAAAUUUUCAAAAAAAUAUGGAAUGGGUACAAAUCUGAGCAAAUUGUUUGAUGUCAGUAUGCUGAAGACACAACUACCAUGACAAGAGACCCAAGAAACGAGGUUUUGCAUGGGAGCGUUAUAGAAAGGGUUAGGGAAGAAAAGCAACAGGAAAUGUUCGAUAAUUGUGCGAAAAGGAAGCGAAAUAAGCGAUAAAAUGCGGGAGAAACCUAAGUGUUUGCCCCUUACAUCGACACGAAAGAAAAAAGGUGUGCGCAUGCUCUGAAUCCGUAUGCAAAUUAGUCCGAAACAUAUCUAAAUUUGACAAAAGUAUACAACAGUAUGCUCGCGAUUUUUUUUUGUAUUCUUCUUGGAGAAAACGAACAUUUUCUCACUCAAACUCUUCAAAAUUCGUGCUGAAAUGCACGCAUGCACAAACGUUUUUCUCUAGUGUCCCUCACAUCACAAGUUUCCUCUAACAGGCCAGGAAGGCCAGAAUUUUCACCAAAAUCGUGAAAGAAAUUGAAAGGAUUAAUAACUUAUCCAUUUAUACCCUGCGCACAGCCCUAAUGUCAUUCUGGUUAACACCAGUGUAUAGUCGGGGCUGCAGGCAGGCUAAACAAUGCAUCCCCCAACCCCUGACCGGCAAAAAUAAUUGGACUCUAAACUAUACAACUUCAGUCUUCAGGGUUUACUACCUUUCUGUUUAGAACUAAUAAGAAAUUGAAAAGAAUCAUUUCAUUAAAAUUAAUGUCCAUAAUCAUAACCCAAGCCAUUCCAGCCCCUCCAAUAAAUGAAGAAUGCAGAUAUAAGGGACCGUUCAUUAUUUAACUGGGGGAGGCUGGGUGAGAAAUUGGAAAAGGCGCCCAUUUUUUUAGGGGUCCCCCAACAAAUAAAGUGAUUUUUUUCCAGACCCCUCUUCACUAUCUUUAGACCUUCACCUGAAAUUUCAAGUCCCCUCCCUUAAAUCCAUAAAAAAAUUCCAGGGCCCCUUACACUACCUCCUUUUCUACAUGAAAAAUUUUCGAGGCCCCUCCUUUUCUCACCCAGCCCCCUCCCCCAGAUAAAUAAUGAACGAUCCCUAAAAUAUAUUUCCAUUCGUUGGGGUUCUAUUCAGAACUAAUAAAAAUAAUUUAUGUAACAACGACAAUAGUGAGUCAUACGGCUAUUAGAAUAAUUUACGUGACGAGGAGUUUUGUUACAAAAUUCCUAACUUGUUAGUAAUGGUGUUUCUAAACGAAUUAUAAUUUGAAAUUCAAGUGCAUUUCAGAAAUAAGUAAGUAAAAGAAUAGAGUGUUUAUUUUUAACUUUGUACUGAUCUAGUGUUUUGUGUAUGUUAUAUAUCUGUGAAAAAGAUAACUUAAAAAAUGGUCCAAAUUAGUGUAAAGUUUUGGAGGUCUACGGUCUACUGAGGACUAUUGAACUGACUAAUUUGUGCAAACUUGUGCAAUUUCUUACGAGGAUUUUCACGAAUACUGAUAUGGUAUGCACUCUUCAGUUUUUCUUGAAAAAAAUAGCUUGACUAAACAUAAUUUAUCUCGUAUAUCUCUCUAAAAACCUUUUUGUCGUAUGAGCAGAAAUGAAAGGGAGCGAAGGAAUGAACGAAUAGAGGGAUGAUGGGAUAAAGAAUGUUACUGAAGUACAGAGUAUGCGCUGUGCUAUUAUGUUAUGACUAGAUAAAAACUGAAAGAUAUUGUCCGUUAGUCUAAUCCAUAGUGAUCUAUCAUCAAUGCUGCGUUCUGAUUGGAUGAGCUACUACUAGGGUAUAUACGUUAUAUCCUACUAUUAGCGGAAAGUGCCGGCUUCGAAAGCCAAAAAAUUGAAUUUAACAUUAAUAUAUAACUUGCUUGCAUCUAUAUAUUUGACCAUCAAAAUCCUCUCGACCUCAUCUCCUAAGAUUCAAUGGUCUCGAGGGCUAACAAUACUUGUCUUUCGCUAUAGAUACAUGUACACGUGAUCAGUUUCUCUUCAAUAAUAUGCCCUCAAGGCCUUGGAAGCGUCCUCUAUUAAGGAUCUUAUAGCUACCUGUCAACGUCUAAUAAAAAUAGCUUUUUCGUCAA